UGAGCAUACAUGUGUGUGCAUGAGACACACAAAGAGUGAACCUGUGCGCACCAAAGCUAACAUCACUUAUUUUGCCUCCCCCACCACCCCAUUGUCCACCCGACCUGGUCCUUCCUCCGCUCGCCUCCAGGAUCCGAUGAUCACAGGGCAGCUGAGCAAACCGCUGCUCCCCCUGCGUGCCGAUAUGGACGCCUGCGAGCUGCGGGAUGACGACAGAGCGGCCAGCCCAGACAGCGAGCUCAACGAGGAGCCCUUGCUGCUGUCAGCUGACACAGACUCGGAGGAGAAGAUGUAUGGUGGUCGAGUUGGCUCAGUUCAGUCUGAUGCCAGCAACAGUCCCACAGAACAUGCUCAUAUGGGCCUAUCUCACCCCACCUUCCCUGUAGGACCACAGUCUCUGCUGGUUGCUCAGCAGCUGGCGUCAGCGGUUAGUGGAGUGAUGUCCGGAGGAGCUCCUGGUCUGAACCAGCCCAUUUUGAUCCCCUUUAAUGCUGGUGGGCAUCUGGGUGGGCAGCAGGGCCUGGUUCUCUCUCUGCCCACUGCUGCCAACAUACAGGGCCUGGUGGCAGCCGCUGCUGCUGGGGGCAUCAUGACGCUCCCUCUACAGAAUCUGCAAGCUACCUCAUCCUUAAACUCUCAGCUCCAGCAUCUUCAACAACUCCAACAGCUACAGCAUCACCAGCAACAGCAUCAUCAUCAUCAACAACAGCAGCAACAACAACAUCAACAGCAGCAGCGUGAACGAGAGCAGCGUGAAAGAGACCAACAACAAAGAGAACGAGAACGUGAACGAGAGCGGCAACAACAGCUCUGCGGUCCAACACAUCUCCAACCACCCAGCCAUCAUCAGCUCACUCCUCCGAUUCAAUCACAAGUCUCUGGACCUUCUCCAGGCUCCACCUGUAGCUCCUCCAAUCAUAGCUUAGCUCAUCCUCCCCAGUCUCCACCCCCUCACAGGCAAAACCAAUCACCAGCUCACAGCUUGCCAUCACCUGUCACGCCUCCUCUGCCACUACAGCUCAACCCUCUGGCCAGUCAGGCAGCAGUUGCCGCAGCAGCAGCGAUGGGUUCAAUUACCGGGUCACAGGUGUUUGGUAAUGCUCUCUCCAGCCUGCAGGGGGUCACUGGACAACUGGUCACCAAUGCACAAGGACAGAUCAUCGGUACGAUCCCUCUGAUGCCAAACUCUGUAGGACCUUCCAGCAAAUCAGGGGGUGGCACUCCCUCACUGCAGGUCCAGCCAAUCACACCGCAUCUGCUGACCAAUGCACAGGGUCAGAUUAUAGCCACUGUGAUUGGCAACCAGAUCCUGCCAGUGAUCAACACCCAGGGAAUCACACUGUCACCCAUUAAACCUGGACAGCAGCUGUCGCAGGCCGGUCAGACUUCACAGGCUCCUCCUGUGUCUCAGCCAAGUCUACUCCGUAUGCCCCACAGCCAGAGCCCCCUCCGCCAGGCCUCAUCCUCCUCCUCAACAUCAUCAUCCUCAUCCUCGGCUCUUAGCGUUGGGCAGCUAGUCAGCAACCCUCAGACUGCCCCCAGUGAGGUGGACGGUGUGAACCUGGAGGAUAUUCGAGAAUUUGCCAAAGCAUUUAAAAUUCGCCGGCUGUCUCUGGGUCUGACUCAAACUCAGGUGGGACAAGCUCUCAGUGCAACUGAAGGCCCUGCCUACAGCCAGUCUGCCAUCUGCAGACACACCAUCCUGAGAAGCCAAUUUUUCCUACCACAGGAAGCCCAAGAGAACACUAUAGCUAGCAGUCUGACAGGCAAACUGAACCCUGGCCUUUUAUAUCCUGCCAGGUUCGAGAAGUUGGACAUCACUCCAAAAAGUGCUCAGAAGAUUAAGCCCGUGCUGGAGCGCUGGAUGGCCGAGGCGGAAGCCCGCCAUCGCUCUGGUAUGCAGAACCUGACCGAGUUUAUAGGCAGCGAGUCCUCCAAAAAGCGCAAACGCCGGACCUCUUUCACACCGCAGGCCCUGGAAAUCCUCAACAGCCACUUCGAGAAGAAUACUCACCCUUCCGGUCAGGAGAUGACAGAAAUCGCAGAGAAACUGAACUAUGAUCGUGAGGUGGUUCGUGUCUGGUUCUGCAAUAAGAGGCAAGCUUUAAAAAACACUAUAAAGAGGCUGAAACAGCCCGAGCUUGGGUCAGUUGCACCAAUGGACCCUCUGGUUGAUAAUUUGGAGGAACACCCUUAGCAUGACACAAACAGCAUGAGGCGAACGCGCACCGAUGGCGAAACUUCUGAUGUUGUGGACUUAAAGACCUGGACAAUUACUAUCCAAUACGCCAUCGAAUGGAUGAACUGUCAACAAAGACAAAAAUAAAUAUUGUCAGUGUAAUCAUCACAAAAGCAAAAACCAAACAAGUUCAGAAAAAAGAGAGUUGUAUGAGAAUUAUAGUACUGAUUCAUAAGAAGUUUGUGGGUUAUUUAGAACAAGGAUUAUAUUAAACUAAAAGAUUGUGAAGAAACUACUUACCAAAGUUUGUUGCAUCUGAUACAUGAGAUUUUUUAAUUGUAAAUGUUUUAAAUUUGUACAUUUUUACUGGGGGGAAAAAAGGUAAAACAAAAAAGAAAAAAGAUUUGUGUGAUGGGGUAGAUGGGUGUGAAAUUUGAUCUUUGUCUUAUUUUAUCACUUGGGUUUUUAUGUAAAUAUUUCUGGUAAAUUGUCACCAAAUUGAAAUCACGAAUUCCAAAAAAAAAAAAAAAAUCUUUGAGAAGUUUAUUUCAAAAUUGUCAUGUUUCUGCUGUCUGUAAGGCCAUCAUCAACUGUGUCAUCUCAGUCUGUUCAUAAAUAUUAAGGCAUGAAAGAGUGCAUUUGAGAGGAAUAUUUUGCAAAGAGAUUCUCAGUGAACAUGCCACAGAUAUCCACAUACAUUGCAGCUGUGAUUAAAGCUAUUUUAUGGUGUUGCCAAAGCCUCCUAGCCAAAGAACAAGGACAUUGUGUCGUACCUUGACCUGAAC